AUGUCAAGCGACGAACCCGCAAGGAAAAAGCUGAAAAUGGAGCCUCAUAUAGGUGGCGACAACUGUCGUUUGCUGGAGGAAUCGAGCCCACUGAAAGUCACACGUGUGUCCAACCAAAGAGCCGUUUCCGGAUCCGCAAGUGGAGAUUCGAGAGAAAGUGGGCACCACCAGGUAGCAUUUGUCGGGAAAUACCAAACAAACCAGGCAGCCAAUCAUUCUGAAACCUACGGAACUGUUCCGCAGGGAUGUGAACUUGGAGAUGUGUGGGAGCAUAAGUACCCCAAACCUCUUGGACAACAUACAAAAAAACUUACACCAAUCAAAACCGGAAAUGUUCAUUAUGAUAUAAUCAUUUCAGAUCUAAAACUGCUCGGGUACAAUCCAAUUCAGUUAAUAGCGAAGGGCAGAUCUGGAUCCAUCAUACUUGCUCAGGAUCUUAGCAAGAACAGGUUCUACGGGGAGAAAGAAUGUAUCCCAGUCGCUAUCAAAUUAAACUCCGGGAGGACGUCUUCAAGGCAAGCAUCAGGGGCCAGUACAUUUACAGAAGAAAUGGCAAUCUUAAAAGACUUGGCACAUCCGUCAAUUGUCACGUGGAUUGAGAAUAUUAGUUACCAAGGUAGGAUAGGUAUGGUGACGGAAUUCUGUGAAAAUGGAAACUUGGACCAACUUCUCCGGAUAAAACAAACUCGAUUUUUAGCUGAACGAGUGUCAAGAAAGUACUUCCGGCAAAUCUUCGAUGGUCUAGAAUACCUUCACCAUCAGGGAAUAGCACACAGGGAUAUCUGCACUUCUAAUAUGCUCAUCACAGAAUUUAACACAAUCAAAAUUACAGAUUUUGGUCACGCAGUCCGGUAUAUGACUGGAGAUCCUCUAAGAAAAGAUUUGUGUGGAUCAAAUGGGUAUCAGGCUCCAGAGAUAAUCUCUAGAGUCCCAUACAAUCCACAGUUAUCAGACUGCUGGUCCUUAGGGUGUCUAUUAUAUAUAAUGACCAUUGGGAAUUUUCCUUUCGGGCUGAUUCGCUCGGAAAUGAUGUCGAAAUUUUGCAAGAAAACACCAUUCCCAGACAAGCGGGUGCAGCCACUUUCACCUGAGCUCACAGAACUGAUCAACGGUAUGCUGUUGUGCGUUCCAGAACGGCGGUUCUCGCUCACCCGAAUACGCUUCUCUCCGUGGAUGCAAAUGAAUGACGUUGAUAAAGUGCAGAUAGGGAAUUUUCAUCUGAUUCGACAACCGCGAAAGAUCAAAGAGGGCAACGAAGAGAAGGCCCUUAAAGCUGCGUAUAAAAUAUGA